CAUUUCAUCUAUCCAACGGCGUAUUAAAAGCAUAGUUAUCAUAGUUGGGUAAUGUUGGCUAUGUCUCCAUAAGAUAGUGCACUCAAUAGGUAGGCUAUGUUGAUGCGGAGGCAAGGGAGUCAGUUACGAAGACUGCUGGUUCCAAGGGUGUCCUCGUCGGGCUAUAAGGUGACAUCCAAGGCACUGUCAAUUUGUGUCUCUCAUUCAUUUCAACACCUUUCCCCUCGAUAAUCAAAAAGGCUGGUAAAUUGUUCACCACUACCUUCAGUAUGGCUCUAAACUCUUAUGAUUUCGUGAUAGCCGGUGGUGGCACUGCUGGUUUAGUUCUUGCCAGUCGACUUUCAGAAGAUGAAAGCCAGUCCGUUCUUGUGAUCGAGGCUGGGUCGGACCAAAGCGAUAACCUACAGGCCAAAAUUCCAGCCUUCUACGCAGCGCUUCUCGGUGGUAAAGCAGAUUGGAAUUUCGCAAGCGUCGCUCAGCCAAAUCUUCUUGGUAGGACUGUCCAACUCAACCAAGGGAAAGCCCUUGGUGGCUCGAGCAUCUUAAACGCUCAAGUAUUUGCCCCACCUACGCCAGGAAUCAUCGACUCAUGGGCAUCACUCGGAAACGAUGGCUGGGACUGGGAGUCACUUCGCAGCUUUUACGAGAAGUCUUAUACAUAUCCUUCUAUCCCUAAGUCUUCGUGGGAGACGCUAGGAAUAGGGAGUUGGCCGACGCAGAAUAAUAACGAUCAAGGCCCAAUCCAAACUUCGUUUCCGCUAGCUACCCAUCCUAUUCGGAAAGCGUGGGUGGAAACGUUUGAGAAGCUCGGUUAUCGCAAAGACGAUGACCUCUGGGUUGAUAGAUCCAUAGGGGCAUUUAACAACCUCGCGAGCGUUGACCCAAUUUCUCGGGAGAGAAGCCAGUCCGCCAAUCGCUAUUAUGAUCCCAUCAAGAAUCGUAAGAACAUCCAUGUCCUCACCAAUGCGACUGUCGAGAAGAUACUCUUUAAAGAAGGAUCGACCGAUGCGAUCGGAUUUCAAUACCACCAUGACUCCACCACGAAGAGUGUUACGGCUCGUAAAGAGGUUAUCAUUGCUGCUGGUGCCAUUCAAUCGCCCAAGAUUCUUGAGCUUUCUGGUAUCGGUAAGCGUGACAUCUUGGUUCAACAUGGCAUUGAUGUCGUUAAAGAUCUCCCUGGUGUCGGGGAAGGUCUACAGGAUCAUCUUGUAGUUGACCUCUGCUUUGAAGCAGAGGAUCUAGAAACCAGGGAUGCAAUCAUUAGACGGGAACCGGAAGCGGUCCAAAAAGCAAUGGUUGAGUACAUGGCGAACCGGACCGGUAUCCUCACUUCGUCGGGGACCUUGACUUAUGCCUAUAUGCCCGUGAAUACUUUAAAAUCACAAGAUGGCCACCAGCGCUUACAGACACUCCUGGAGGAGAAUCGUCCGAAAAAGGGGAAUUUCGAAGAACGGGACCUAGCCCGCGCCUUGGCAUUCUACGACGUCGCCGAGAAGGCCUUGCUUGACCCAUCUAUGCCAUCGGGUGUAUAUCUUAGCUCGCUUGGGCAAAACCCACUCGAGUCUGACCCUGUAACUGGCCAAAGGACAUACAAGCCACUCCCCGGAAAACACCUCGUUCUGGCCGGCAUACUUUCGCACCCUACUUCCAGAGGUAGCGUUCAUAUACAGUCUAGCAACGUGUCUGAUGUUCCUGCGAUAGACCCAAACUACUUAAGCAACCCAGUCGAUAUCGAGAUUUUUGCGGAACACAUGCUCUACUUGCAGUCUUUAGCCUCGGCUUCGCCACUGAGUGAGUUGCUGAAGCGGCCGCCCAAACCGUCUCGCGCGAUCUCUCACCUUGCAGACUUAGAAGGAGCCAAGGAUUAUAUUAGAAUCCGUGCAGCGUCUAUGUGGCAUCCUGCCGGAACGUGUCCCAUGCUACCCGAAGAAAUCGGUGGCGUUGUUGACAGCCAUCUUAGGGUUCACGGUGUCAAAAAUCUCCGGGUCGUGGACGCGAGUAUCGUUCCCGUAUUGCCGCCAGGUAACUUGCAGUCAACUGUUUACGCUGUCGCGGAGAAGGCGGCUUCGCUUAUCAAGUCGCAACACGGUUCGUAGUCGGGUAUUAUAUAGGCGGUACUUAGUUGCUACGUGAAAUACAAGUCAUAUCUUUCACAAUUUAUUACCUAAUCAAUUUUAUUCAAGA